GGGGAGGGGGAGAGAAAGAGAAAGGGGGAGCAAUGUUGCAAUCUGAUAAUCUUGAUAAACCUAUUUCUCCUCAUCAACAUCCACUUCCCCAGGACCCUCAAACUGAGAAUAGGCUCAGGUGUCCAAGUCUACAACCACCACUACUGCCUCCAAUCCCCUUCUCACCUCCCCCUACUAACGGGGAUGGAGACAGAGAGACUCCAGGAAGAAGAAGAAGGUGAGAUUGAGCAGAGCCUUCCCCCAGAUGAUCAAGGCUGGCCCCCUCUCAAUACUAUCAGACCUUGGAGAUCUGCACCCCCAAGUCCUCCUCAUUCCAGAGAUCAAAACAAAGACCUAGGACCCCGCUCCGCCUCCAUGCUCUCCCUGCAGACAGAACUCUUCUUGGACUUAGUAGCAGAAGCUCAGUCCAAAAGGCUUGAAGGACAGAGAGCCACCUUCCACAUUCCCUCUGGCUCCCUAGCCACAACCUCAGUCAGAGUCCAGGUUUCAGAGGACAGAGACCAGCUCUACAGCACCAUCCUCAGUCACCAGUGCCAACGUAUUGAAGCUCAACGUUCAGACCCACCUCUUCCACCAGGAGGGCAAGAGCUCCUGGAGCUGUUGUUGAGGGUGCAGGGAAAUGGCCGAAUGGAGGAGCAAAGAUCCAGACCUCCUUCACAUACCUGCUGAGCUUUCCCCUCUCCUGCUGAAGUUGGGAGGUUGUGGGGGAGGUCAAGUGAGGAGUAAGGGACUGAGAGCACUGUCUAAAAAUUGUCUCAGCCUAGGCCUGUCUACAGGGGAUAUCAGGAAUUGCAGAAAGCAGUGAACAAUCAACUCCUCACCUCCGUUCUUCUCUAUGGGUGAUACUGAGACCCCUAAAGUUUCCCCACUGAGACCAGGACAUCUGACAUUCCUCUAAGAAAAUCAGAUUGGGGCUAGGAAGGACAGAGAAUAAGAGCAAUGUAGGAGAAAGACUGAAAAGGGGGAAUCUUGGUAACUUAAAUCCUCCCAGGAGGAUACCCACACCUUUGUCCACUUGGAUCUGAACUGCUGGGGUCAGAAUAGAAUUUAGUCUUAAGGAAUGACUGAGAAACUAUCCAGAUCCAACCAGAUAUGUACUACCUAGGAACCUUCCAGGGGGAGGGGGAAAGGGACAGCACCUCUACCCUUACAACUUGUUCCUCUCAAAAUACAAACAUCUUUGUCCCCUAAGGGGGACCAGUUUUAUCUGCACUCCCUCCCAGUCUUCCAAGAAGCCAAGACCUUUGAAGGAAUAAGAGUGCUGCCCUGUAUAAACAACUGUGGCCUCUUUCCCAUCAGUGAGGGUUGGAGGAAAGAGACUGGAACUCUCCAGCCCCUUCACCCUUCCACUCAUUUCAUCCUUUGAGAGGACAGGAUGAAAGGGGGAGGUCCAAAGACAGGGUGAUCUGAGACAUCACACCCCUUCUGCUUAAUCCCACCUCCCUGAAAGCAUAUUGUUUCAAUUUUAUGAAUAAAUUUAAUUUCCAUCUCA